ACAUGUCAUAGAUGUCAUGCAGAAGAGCAUUUGGUAUUGAAUUGUCCAAUUGCAAAAAGACAAAAAAAAAUAAAUGAAAGAAAGACAAAAGAUUUUGAGAAAUAUGGAUACAUCAACCAAGAGGAUCCACUUAAAAAUAUAAUGAAUAUGCUUGAAACUAUUAAACAAGAUAUAGUAGAAAUUAAAACAAACAAAAAAUGUUAUGAAAGAGUACAAUAUUUGGAGAAAUAUACUGGAUAUAAUUUGGAAAAAAAAGUAGAUCAUAUGAUUGAGAAUGAGGAAGAAGAAAAAGAUACAACAGAGAAUGGUAAGAAAAAGUUCACAGAAAAAACAAAGAAAUUGCAAGAAACACAAAUGGAACAAAUAGAAAACACAGUUAAAAUAUUAGCAGAAUUAAUACCAGAAUUGAAAAAAUCCAAUGAUAAAACACAAGAAAGAUUAAGUAGAAUGGAACAAUUAUCUAUUUUGUCAAAACAUAGAGAACAAACAAAGGCUACUUACAGUCAAGAGAACCAACAAUCUUAA